AUACGACUACUUCCGGUCAAAUGCAAAAUAAACCCGCGAGCAGCGUUAGCAAAGAGGCUGAUCAACGGUGUUGUCGCUAUAUUUUUGUCGUGUAGGAAGUGAACAAUGGGUGAGACACCAAAUGAGUUCAAGUUGAAAAAUUCUCCAGAAGAUGGAAUCUCUGCCGUCAAGUUCGGCCCCAACACAAACCAGUUUCUGCUGGUGUCAUCAUGGGACACCAGUGUUAGGUUGUAUGACAUUGUCACUGACAAUAUGAGAAUACAGUAUGGUCACACUGCCCCAGUACUGGACUGUUGUUUUCAAGACACCGUUCAUGCAUACAGUGGAGGGCUGGACAAGACUCUCAAGAUGUUUGACUUCAAUGCCACAACAGAGACCAACGUCGGGAGCCAUGAAGCUCCUAUCCGCUGUGUGGAGUUCUGCAAUGAAGUCAAUGUUGUGAUCACCGGCAGCUGGGACUCAACCGUCAAACUGUGGGACCCUCGCACGCCGUGCUGUGCUGGUUCCUUCUCUCAGCCUGACAAGGUGUACACGAUGUCUGUGUGUGGAGAUCGGCUGGUUGUGGGGACAGCAGGAAGGAAGAUCCUAGUGUGGGAUCUACGUAACAUGGGCUACGUACAGCAGCGACGAGAGUCCAGUCUCAAGUACCAGACUCGAUGUAUCAGGACCUUCCCAAACAAACAGGGCUACGUCCUCAGCUCCAUUGAAGGCCGAGUAGCAGUGGAGUACCUAGACCCCAGCCCAGAGAUUCAGAAAAAGAAGUAUGCCUUUAAGUGUCACCGUAUUAAGGAGGGUGGGGCUGAGCUCAUCUACCCUGUCAACGCCAUCGCCUUCCACAGUGUCUACAACACCUUCGCCACCGGUGGCUCAGAUGGCUAUGUCAACAUCUGGGAUGGUUUUAACAAGAAGAGACUGUGUCAGUUCCACAGAUACCCGACCAGCAUCGCCUCCCUUUCAUUCAGCAGUGAUGGGUCUGUCCUGGCUAUUGCUUCUUCCUACAUGUACGAGCAGGACGAACCUGAUACCCUACAGGAGGACGACAUCUACAUCCGCAACGUCAGUGACCAGGAGACCAAGCCCAAGUCAUAACACUCAUCUUGUAUCUCGGGCAUUGAUGGAUAGAUUGGAAGGGGCUCUGCUGUGUAAGGGAUGGGGUGCUUAAAAUAAGGUUUAUGGGACUACGGUGUCAUAGGGGGUUGGCAAUGACUUUGUGCGGUACAGUGUGAGGGAUGGCGUGGUUCGAUGCGACCACUCUGUUGUAGAGGUUGCAAUGAUUGGAAGGGGUGGCACUGUGUGAGGGAUGGGGAGAUUACAUAUGGGUUUGAGGGGAACACAGUGUUGUAAGGGGUACAGCCCUGUAAGUUUGAUUUGUUAGGGAGCCAAGCAGCUCCUAACAUGAAUAUUUUAGGAGCCAAACUUAAGAUUUUGGGAGCCAACAGAUAUCUUAUACAGGUAUUGUCGCAAGUUAUGUUCACUUUUAAGGGUGGGGUAGGGUGGCGUUGAG